GUACAAUUUUAUUAAACUCUAUCUUUCAUCAUUUGGAACCUAAAAUUUAAAUUCUAGCGAUUAUUAGCACGGAAAUGAAAAGUAAAUUACACAUCAAUUGAGCUAUGCAUUGGAUUUUUGAGCUAUAACUACAUUAACUAGAAAUAAGAAAAAGAAUUCCUUAAAAAAAAAAAAAGAAAUAAAGAAAAAUUAAAAGAACACCAAAAGGAAAAGGGAAAAUUCUAUUAAUACACAACAUGGGCUAAGUUUUGCUAAUGGUUUCAUGGUCAAAUUGGCCCAGUAUAGUCCAAUAGGAGCCCAAUUGCUUUGCUCACGGCAGGGAGGCAUCACUCGAGUGACUAACAGAACAUUGAUCGAUCGGAAAAGCGAAGUCGAAGACAGCCAUGUCGGAACCGAGACGUUUGAGAGGUCAUAAAGCAACCGCCACGUGCUGCAUAGCCUCACGUGACCGUCCUGGCGUCGUAGCCACCGCCGGCGAGGAUGGUCGCGUUUGCUGGUUUGAUAUGAGAUGCAAAGAUGCUCAGCUUAUGAUGGAGGUUGGGGACCAACCUAUUUCUUCUCUGUGUUUUAAGCCAGGGAACGAAAACAUCUUUUAUGUAUCCUCAGGAAGUGAAGUCAAGUGUUUUGAUAUGCACAUGGCUACAUCGGGGAAGCUAUUGCAGAGCUAUAAUCAUAAUAAGGAGGAAAUAAAUCAGAUUGCUUGCAACUCAAAGGCAGCUUUUCUUGCGUCAACAGAUGAUGGUGGCAAUGUUAAGAUUAUUGAUAUUCGUCAGCAUUGCCUUUUCAAAACAUUGAGAGCUGGACAUACCAGUAUUUGUAGCAGUGUGCAGUUCAUUCCUUGGAGACCUUGGGGAGUUAUUACUGGAGGUCUCGACUCAAAGCUUGUCAUGUGGGACUUCUCCAAAGGCCGCCCAACCAAAAUUGUCGAUUUUGGUUUGCCUGAAAUGAAGGAUAGUAACACGACACAAUGUGUCAAUCCUGCUUUUGUUCAUGCAAUAGCAGUUCCAGAUGCUGAUAUGUUAGACAAGUCAGGCAAAAUUUGUGUUGUUGCUAGGGGUGAUGGGAUUGUUGAUGUGAUCAACAUUGAAUCCGAACUUGCAGCUGUUAGGACAAAAAUUACCACCAAAGCUCGUAAAGGAUCUCAAUCAACGUCUAAGGACAGCAAUACAACUGCAGGUACACAAAGUAGUAUGUUGCAUUUCGAUUACUCUCUGGGUGGCCAUGUGGCAGCUGCGUCUUGUGUGGCAUUCUCGCUGUUUGGAGAGAGGGGGAAGUUCAUAAUAUCAGGUGGGAAUGACAAGUCAGUAAAGGUAUGGGAUUGCUCCAGAUAUCCUGAUGUAGGGCCAAGUAACAGCAAUAACGACAUUCUUCAUCUUAACAUUAAUAUGAGCAAAAAGGUCAAUUGGCUCUGUACCACCCCAAGUGAAUCAGAAAACCUUGUCGUCUGUGACACAACUAAAGUAGUGAAGGUCUAUUCUGUUUCAUAGGUUAGAAUUGCAAGAUUGUCAACUCCAGUCGAUUCUAUUUCAUAUAUGCCUGUUUGUUGAUUUUCCAUUUUAAAAGAUGGGCUAUUGGCAUGGUCUCCGGAGGAAACUUUCCAUCAAAUAUCACUGAUGCGCUAGGGUAAAUAGAGCGAGUAUGCCUACCCUGCAUUUCUUGCCACACGAGUGAAGACGACAAGUGCCUGGAGCAUCAAACUAAUACAAGUUAGGAUUUACCGGUAUUUAGCAUGUAUCAGUUAAAUGGUUGAAUAGUUUUUUCUUUUUUUUGCUGUAACUUUGUCCAAUGUAAAAGCGAUGAUGUCCAUCAUUAUACAAACACCAUACGGGGAUGUUGCUGACUUGCUGUUAUAGAACUAGAAGAUUAGUAUUCUCAUUAUUUUUAGCAUGAAGAUGAGUUUAAUACAGAUAUGAAAAGUUUUCAUUGUUUAAAA